GUAAGGAUUGGUUAGUGUUUGUGUCAGCCAAUCUGGCCCUGAAUUCAUGUUUACCAGUUUACUGUGUGUGAAUUGGACAGCCCGACUUUUGUUUGGGGCUCUGAGUUUCUGUAGUUUAAAUGAUUUUGCAAUCAGCUGUCUCGCAAAUUUGCUGGGUUUCGCCUUCUGUUUGUCCUUGCAAGAUAGACAGGGUUCGAGAUGGAAGUGGAAAGGCAAGGAAUUUUAGGGUAAAUGGGUGCUCCGGCAAAAGGGUAUUCCUAAAAAUUGUUUCUAAUGGAGGUUUUGGAAGAAAAUGGAUGUGUAGAGCAUGUUUGCUUCCUAGUGAUAGUGGAAACCCGAACUUGAAUUUUGAAUUUCACAAUUCAGCGAGGAAGGGUGUGAAAUCCUUUGUUGCGAAGCAUAUGUCGGAUGAGUUGGAUCAAGGGCAACUGGAGCAGGAGCCAAUGCAAAUGACAUCAAACUUUACUGGUUUCCAAGAGGAUCCUUUGGUGGAUAAGCUCAGGACUCAGCUAGGGGUAAUUCAUCCAAUUCCUGCACCUCCAAUAAAUAGGAACGUUGCAGGUCUUUUUGUGUUCUUUUUCUUUGUUGGGGUUGUUUUUGAUAAACUUUGGACUUCGAGGAGGAGAAAUAAAUCAGAGCGUAAUGCUCAGCCUGGUACAUGGCCUCAGGUGCCUACAAGCUUUUCAUUAUUCCUUGAGAAGGAUCUACAAAGGAAAGAGUCGGUUGAAUGGGUGAACAUGGUGUUGGGAAAACUAUGGAAGGUCUACAGAGCAGGACUUGAGAAUUGGAUCAUUGGAUUGCUUCAGCCUGUCAUUGACAACCUGAAGAAACCUGACUAUGUGGAAAGAGUUGAAAUAAAGCAGUUCUCACUAGGGGAAGAACCAUUGUCAGUCCGGAAUGUUGAGCGCAGAACUUCUCGCCGUGUUAAUGAUUUACAGUACCAGAUAGGCCUCCGAUAUACAGGUGGUGCUCGGAUGUUGUUAAUGCUCUCACUGAAGUUUGGCAUUGUUCCCAUAAUUGUACCAGUUGGUGUUCGAGAUUUUGAUAUUGAUGGGGAACUAUGGGUCAAAUUGCGGCUGAUACCAUCAGAGCCAUGGGUGGGUGCAGUCUCAUGGGCAUUUGUCUCACUUCCAAAGAUAAAGUUUGAGUUAUCACCAUUUCGUCUCUUCAAUCUUAUGGCAAUUCCUGUUCUUUCAAUGUUCUUGACCAAACUUUUGACAGAGGAUCUGCCUCGGCUCUUUGUACGUCCAAAGAAGAUUGUCCUUGAUAUCCAGAAGGGGAAAGCAGUUGGUCCUAUUCCAAAUGAUUUCAGAAGUGGGGAAAUUCAGGAAGGAAACAAGGAUUUUGUUGGAGAACUAUCAGUGACUCUAGUAGAUGCUCAAAAGCUUGCUUAUGUUUUCUUUGGAAAGACAGACCCUUAUGUUGUUCUAAGCUUGGGGGAUCAAGUAAUUCGUAGUAAAAAGAACAGUCAGACCACUGUCAUUGGGCGACCUGGCGAGCCAAUUUGGAAUCAGGAUUUUCAUAUGCUUGUCGCAAAUCCGAGAAAACAGAAAUUGUACAUCCAAGUGAAGGAUUCCCUAGGAUUCACAGAUUUAACAAUAGGUGCAGGGGAGGUUGAGCUAGGAUCUCUUCAAGACACUGUACCGACAGACAGAAUUGUUGUACUGCAAGGAGGUUGGGGAGUUUUCAGAAGGGGAUCUUCUGGAGAAAUAUUACUUCGACUGACAUAUAAAGCAUAUGUUGAGGAUGAAGAAGAUGACAGGACUGAGUCAGAGUCCAUGGACGCAGAUGCUUCUGAUGAUGAGAUGUCAGACACUGAUGAAGCAGAUGUGUCAUCUGAAAAUCGCCAAUGGGACUCCUUAGAGGAAACAGAAAAAGAGUCCUUUAUGGAUGUAUUAGCAGCUUUACUCGUUAGUGAAGAAUUUCAAGGGAUAGUGUCCUCUGAAACAGGGAACCCCAAGCUUUAUGAAGAUGCUACAAACCCAGAAUUAACUGCAUCAAGAUCACGUGGUCGUACUGCUGAAAGUAGAACUGCUGACUCGAACGGUGGUUCUGAAGCUCCUGGAGGAUCUGCAUUAGUAUGGCUUGCUGUGAUUACAAGUAUAGCAGUUCUAAUAGCUAUCAAUGUUGGUGGUUCAAGCUUCUUCAAUCCAUGAUAGGAUCCCAUUGCACUUUGGAAGAACCUUUCUUCAGUCUUCCACUGGACUAGAUUGAGAUGAAAUCUCAGUUCGUAGCAGGACUUAAAGACAGAACUUGGUGCAUUCACUACCAACUGUUUCUAUUCUUCAUCCAUUUUAUGUAAAGUCAUAUGGUUACUGGUAGAGGAAAUUCGUCUCGACGGCAGGAAAUUUUUGGUUUUUUUUUUCCAGCAAUCAUAAGUUGAAAUCCCCAUGUAGUUUUGUUCAUAUUAUUGUAGGUAUCCAUAAUUGGGGUCUCAAUCAGUUUAUUACUCAACGAACUAUUAAAAAAAAGGAUUAAUAAAGCAA